AUGCCGUCCUUCUGGAGACGUCCUUUUCGCAGCGGCGAAGAGCCUCAAGCUGCCGAGGCGGAAGAGCGCGGGUCAACAGAGAGCGAUCCCUCUGAGAUUGUCGCUGGAGAAACCUACUAUAUCGCGGGCAAGGGUGCCAACAGCAAAGAGACGACCUAUCAAGAUGCCUCUGGUGCUCCUGUGGAAGAGUCGUCUCCUUUGGGAUACGACGUUGGACCCCUGACGAUUCUCUUCCUCAACAUCAGUAAGAUGGUUGGUACAGGCAUUUUUUCAACCCCGUCCUCGAUUCUCGCUGGCACCGGCAGCAUUGGACUGAGUCUGAUAUGGUGGGCUCUUGGCUUCUUGACAUCGAUUACGGCGUUCGCGGUCUAUCUGGAAUUCACAGCAUACUUUCCUUCGCGAUCCGGAGCAGAGGUAGUAUACCUUGAACAAGCAUUUCCGCGUCCGCGCUGGCUCUUCUCCACCGCAUUUGCUUUCCAAUCUGUGAUCCUGUCAUUCAGCAGCGCGAAUUCGUACGUCUUGGCCCAGUAUCUCUACAAAAUGACAGACCACAAUCCUACAGACUGGCAACUGAAAGGAGUGGCCAUAGCGGGCUAUACAGUCGCUCUUCUCGUGGUCAUACUACACAACAAAAUGGCGUACCACUUGGCCAAUGCGAUUGCCUUUGUCAAAGUUGCCACCCUGGUAUUCAUCUCAAUCACCGGCUUCGUAGUCCUCGGAGGACAUACUCGAGUACAGGAUCCGACGGCAAAUUUCCAUAACUCAUUUGAAGGAAAAGCCACCGCAUACGGCAUAACAAACGGCCUGUAUAAGAUUAUAUUCUCCUACGCAGGAUUCGAGAACGCAUUCAACGUCGUGAACGAAGUCAAGAAUCCUGUCAAGCAAAUCCGACGGCAAGGCUACAUUGCCAUCUGGUCCGUCAGCAUUCUAUAUAUCCUUACCGUUAUCGCCUAUUAUGCCGCCAUCCCCAAGGCGGACAUCAUCAGCGGCAAGCUAACCGUUGCCAACCUCUUCUUUCUCAACGUGUUCGGCGACAGCAAACAAGUCAAGGCUCUCAACUUUCUCAUCGCAAUCAGUGCUUUUGGCAAUAUGGUGGCUGUUCUGAUCGGUACCUCGCGGAUUAUCCGAGAGUGUGGUCGGCAGGGCGUUCUUCCUUGGACCAAGUUUUGGGUCUCGACAUAUCCUCUCGGAACUGCCCUUGGACCGUAUUUGUUCAAGUACGCCAUCACGCUUGUCAUGAUCCUCGCUCCUCCUGCUGGUGAUGCUUUCAACUUUGUCAGUGAUCUUCGCAUCUACCCUGGCUCCUUCUUCGACUUCUUGAUGUGCGUGGGCCUCCUCAUCGUGAGACACAAACGAAAGGCCCUUAACUUGCCACGGCCCGAGUUCAAAGCGUGGGAUGUCGUCAUCUGGUUCAGCAUCCUGAAGAAUCUCUAUCUACUCAUCAUGCCUUGGUAUCCUCCUGCAGGGGGCGCAACUGGUGGCGAUGUUAGUUUUUGGUACGCUACGUACGUGGUCACGUCGAUCGGCAUUCUCCUGGCUUGCGCCGCUUAUUACUGGCUCUGGAUUCAUGGCAUUCCUUAUUUCCGGGGCUACAAGAUUCGAGAAGAGGUCGUCACGCUCGAUGAUGGAUCAAAGAGCCACCAGCUGGUUAAGGUGCCAAACGCCGAAGUAGACGAGUGGGAUAGGACGCAUGACCACGCCGGUCGGAUCAUUACGGAGGCCGCUGAAAUUAGUGACAAGGCGACCAGCAAGGUUCUGGUUGAUGGAAAGGGCGGCGCCACGUCCAGCACAAACUGA